AUGCAUCCUACCAGUAUCGCCACCGCUAUUGCAGCUCUUGCUAUAAUAGCAGACCCAGUUUCUGCCCAUGCUAGAUGCCACCGUGUUAUGGGAGAUAAGAAUCCACCUGGAGUCUGGUCACAGGCAUUGCUUGCUGGCAAAAAAUGGAACCCAGCACCUGAUAAAUUCAAUUCAAAUGACCCCUGGAAUCAAAAACUUGUAACUAUUUUCAGUGAUCCACCUGUUCCAGCUUGGGGGAAAAAACGUUCGUGGCUAAAAGACGGUUGUGGUGUAACUUUGAGUACUGUGAAUCUAUGGUGGAAGUUAUCUACCGGCAAUUAUGGCCCCCAUAGAUGGACACAAUCUCUUGCUGGAGCCAAAGCUGGAAAGGAAGCUUAUAUCCAAACUGCACACGAGACUAAAAAGCAAGCUGAUGAUGGUUCCAUGGCUGUAGUAAGCGCUGAUGGUACUGGGAUUCUUGAAAUGAGAUUUUUCCAAAUUAAUGAAGAUGGAGCCGGUCCGUUUCGAUGUAGAGUCGACACUAAUGGCAACGGCACAUAUGAGGGCUGGGAGCCAGACGAACGGUUCCUCUUGCAAGCAAAACCCAACGACAAAGGGCGUUCACACUCCUUCCACAAACCGACCGUGGGACAGGUCCUCCACGUCAAAUGGAGGGUCCCUCGAGGCCAGGUUUGCGAUGGCAAGUCUGGUAAAUAUACUGGUGUCUGCAUCCUGCGCUGUGAAAACUUUGCAAAAAACGGUCCCUUCGGAGGUUGUAUUCCAUUUCGCGUGGUUAAUGUUCCGCCUCCACCGCCAAACAAGCACGUACCAAAGCCAAAACCAAUCAAGGAGGUAGAAAGGCCAGAAGCUAUCGAAUAUGACUAUCCAACAGAACCUGAGCAAGCGGCUGAUGGAACCUAUUACAAGCGUGAUAUCACCACCUUUGAUGACCCAGCUAAGAUCAAGAUUCGUGGCGAGUACGAAGGAAUCCAUCUACAUGUUAUUGAUGAGAUGCGCAAGGCAAAGGCUUAG